AUGCCUGAUUCGGCAAGGUUGGCACACUUGGACAAAAGAUCCCGGCCCACUGCCGCGGGCGGCGACCCCCUGUCCACUCCAAUAAAUAACCUUAGUCGGGCAGCGCACGCUGUUAGCCUCGGAGGGGAAGGUCGACGGCGGGUGGCGACGCGAUCAGGCGGGGAUCCCAAACGGGGGGGUCAUGGUGAAUGGAUGUUGGGCGACUGGGCAGGCAGGCAAGCCCAGCCAAGGCAACCUGAUCUUGUGCGAUCUGUGUGA